GGGUUUUGCCAGAAAUGGUUACCAGUGUAAAGGUAAAUAUAUUGUUACCCUACUAUAGACAAUGCACAUUGUACAUGCAUUGCGUCGCGUGUACCCAUAAAAUUCUUCCAUUAUUUCAGUUAGACUUGUUUGCAACACAUGCACUCGUAUCAAGCUUGUCAACAACUUGUCACAAUACAGUUAUUUUAUGAAACUACUACAAGCUAGCUAUACUUGGCAACUUGUUAAAAACGUCAUGAAUUGUAGAAUAAGUUAACAAGUUUGUAAUUCAGUCUAUAUUGAGUAAUUACCCAUGUGGCAAGUUAGGUGUGGUCCAACUUCUCCUUACGGACAUCUUAUCUCGGUCAGUUUUCAACGUUUCGACCAUGAGGGGUGGAACGAAUACGGGAUCGCUGGACUAUUUGGUCCCACAAAUGUUAAAGUUGCCAGGAAAGUUUUAGAAAAAAAAGGAGAGAAACGUGCAAAAUAGAUUAAUUCAUGAAAUUCAAACGGAGGAAUAAUAUAUUAACAAAACAAAUAGGUAUUGAGUGGGAAAUGGAUGGACUAAAUUGUGUUUAUUGCAGCGUAGAUGUGAGGUCGACAGGGCUUGGAGGGCAUGGCUUAAACAAUGUACUUCGUUUCCCGUUUCUGUCUAGCUCGCCAUGUGCCGGAAUACUGCAGACAGGAAUUUUUUGUGUUCUGUGGGCACAGUGGUCACAAAAGGAAAUUAUUUUUGCCAGGCUUGGUUCAACUUCCGGCAUGAUGUAUUAACAUUUUAAAUAACCCAUUUUGCUAUGUCCUUCAAUUCAUGCAGUGUUCUUAUUAAAGAUGUCCAACUAUAUCAACAAGCUGAUAUCAAUUUGUGCUCUCACUUCUUGUUCACAGCUACCUUCGGCUGCUUGUGAUAACGCUGUCCAACGGAUUGUGAUCUUUCCCAGCAUUUUAAAAUUGCCCACUCAUUGGUAUAACCCAGAUUAAACUUUAGCAUUCAUAAAUUGAAAGUUUCUUUCUGUGAAUUGUAAGGUUCAUAACCGUGGUUCAUACAGCCUUAAAACAUUUUCACAAAGAUUAUAAUUAAAAAAUAACUGUCCGAUGGAUAUAGCAGUAUCCUGCCUUCGUACAACUGGCGCCUACAGUAAGUUUGUUAAAAUAUUGACGAUUCAUCUGCUCUCCCUCUUUUCAAACAAACGAAAAUAAUUUUUCACCCACUCCCUAAUCACACUUAGCUCAUAUGUGGGGAUGUGCGCAUCGUUAAUGUCUGACCCGCCUCUGCCUCCUCUACAGAUACUAAUAAGGGGGCGUUAAUUACGAUAUUUAUUUCAGGUUGUGACCUUGUAAUCCAUAAAAGAUGUUUCGACAAGACGUUACCUGUCUGCAAGAGAGCUGAAGAUGUAAGUAUGCGUUGAUGGCAUAGAAGCCUUAUCGCCACUUAUCACUUCGCCUACAUCUUUGUGAGAAAAACAUUAUGUCACGUAUUUUGUACGUUUGUAUGUUUUACCAUAUAUACCAAGAAUGUAUUUAGCCUUAAGGUAAUUCUACGACUUCAUCGUUUUGGAUAACAAAUACAGUACUUAAAGAAAUAAGAACAUAUAUAUAUUUGAGAAAUUCAUUGCAUUUUUGUGAAUAACAAACAUGUUAAUUUGUAAACAUGGUCAAACCUUCCAUUUAAAAAAAAAUGCUUAUUUUAGAAAGAUCAUUUCUAUAAUUAAAUUAUUUCUAUUACUAAAGCGUGACUGAGAGUUUUUUAAAAUAACUCGCUAUGCUAAUGCGCUUAAUAAAAAGUGACAUUUGACAGAAGUUAGCAUGGGCUGUAGGUUAAAUCUCAUCUCUCGCUUUGUGGGAUCUCUCAAGUGGAAUAGGAACAUCACCUGUUUCGAUUAUUUUUUUGCCAAAUACGUGACCAUGCAUAUGCCGAUAUGGUUUGUCAAAAUGUUUGGCGGUGCGGCUGCAGAUUAAUACGAACAUAAACAUUGACCGAAUCAAUAGAUUUAUAAACCUAAAAAGUUUAAGACACUGUUGCAGUCAUAAAUAUAGAAAACAGUUUUUUCAAUCACAACAAAAAUAUUUUCGAGCUGAUGGCGACAUGUUUGCUCAUAACAAACCAAAACGAAUCGAUUCAUAAAAGAUGCUUUUUCUUGAAAUGUAAUCAUUAUGCUAUUGUUUUGGAUGUUAGGUAAACUUUGAAGACUAUAUCAACAAUCAUACUUUCUGCUUUUAGAUUGGCUAAAUCAUAGGGCUUGAAAGUGUUUGAUAUCGCAGAAACCCACUCAAUUAAUUGUUUGUGAUAAGAACUUAAUAUUUAAUAUAUUGUAUCACCAUGAAGACCAUUAGUUAUGACUCAAAAAUCAUGUCAUGAAUCCUCGGGCUAUCAUUCAGGUUUUUUCGCUAGUUAUCCCUUUUUGUACCCAUUUGUAUAGUCUAGAUAUCCCGGCACAGUAUACUGGGUAAUAAAAUGGUCUGGAUUUAGACAGGGUAAAAUAAAUUAGUAGAAUUAACCUACAUCGCUGCUGAAAGGGUAACUCUAUAUAGCUAUCUUCUGUUAUUUUCAGGCAUUACCAAGAUUAACGUGGGAGCAAUUCAUGUCUAUCUGGAAUUAUGCAAAUCUCUUUCAAAGCGACACAUUGCGCAAUCGAAAGGUCGAAGCUGUUCCACUCACAAGCUGA